AUGGGCUCUGUGUCAAACCAGCAGUUUGCAGGUGGCUGCGCCAAGGCGCCGGAGGAGGCGCCGGAGGACGCCGCCCGGGCGGCAGAGGAGCCGCAGCUGCUGCACGGUGCCGGCAUCUGUAAGUGGUUCAACGUGCGCAUGGGGUUCGGCUUCCUGUCCAUGACCGCCCGCGCCGGGGUCGCGCUUGACCCCCCGGUGGAUGUCUUUGUGCACCAGAGCAAGCUGCACAUGGAGGGCUUCCGGAGCCUGAAGGAGGGUGAGGCGGUGGAGUUCACCUUUAAGAAGUCUGCUAAAGGCUUAGAAUCUAUCCGGGUCACCGGACCUGGUGGAGUAUUUUGUAUUGGGAGUGAGAGGCGGCCCAAAGGGAAGAACAUGCAGAAGCGCAGAUCAAAGGGAGACAGGUGCUACAACUGUGGAGGUCUAGACCACCAUGCCAAGGAAUGCAAGCUGCCACCCCAGCCCAAGAAGUGCCAUUUCUGCCAGAGCAUCAGCCAUAUGGUAGCCUCGUGUCCACUGAAGGCCCAGCAGGCCCCCAGCUCACAGGGAAAGCCAGCCUACUUUCGGGAGGAAGAAGAAGAAGAGAUCCAUAGCCCUGCCCUACUCCCAGAGGCCCAGAAUUGA